UCUGUUUGUUCUAGUGAUACUAUUUGAAAUAGAAAAAAUAAUAUUAAUUUUUAAAAAUUAAUAUACCAUACAUUAUUUAUUUGUUUAUCAUCAAUGAGAACAGGACUUUUAAAUAAAAAUUAUUCAACAUCUAGAAUGGAUCAAAGUACUGAGCCCCCGCAAAAUCCUUUAAAUCUACUUCAUGAAACAUGUGAACGAUUACUCAAUGAAUGUGCACAUCGAAAUCGAAAAUCGCUGAAAUUUCGAUUCAUCGAUUUAAAAUCAACAGAUUUAAAUUGUAAUCUACAAACUGGAAAUGUAUUACACAAUCAUCAUUACAAUGAAAUGAACAGCACUUCUACUUGUCACAGCAAUAAUAAUAAUAAUAAUAAUAAUAACAAAUACGGCAUAUGCAAUCAAAAACUCUUCCAAUACAAUACCAAUAUUCCAUCAAAUGAAGAAAUUCUUGACUAUUCAAUGAAUCCAAUAAAAAGUUCAUCUUCACCAACAUCAUCAUCAUUAUAUCAUCAUCAUCUUCUUCUUCUUCACCUCCUUCUACUUCUUCAAGCUCAAAUUCCCCAAAUAAUUCAACAUUAUCAACAGAUGCUUCAAUUUCAGCGCCAUCCAAUGCAUUAUUCAAUAAUUCAAUGUCCAAUUUCCCAUAUUCUUGUUUUGCUGCAUACGCUUUAAAGAUGAACAAUAUUAAUAAUAAUAAUCUUCCUAUGCAUUCUAUGAAUGACCUAAUACAAAAUUUAUUAUUACAUCAAAAACUUAAUGAUCCCAGUACGAUGCAACAUUUACUUCAACACUAUGCAUCAAAUUUCCCAUCUUAUGGAUUAUAUGAUGAUGAUAGGCAAGCUAAUCAGACAAAACAGAAUGCUUCUUUUUCAGAUAAUAAUAAUAAUUAUUAUGAAUAUUUUAAGUUAUUAACAAAUUAUAUAAAUUAUUUUUCACUGCUUAAUAAUCUUACUACUGAUAACGCGAAUAUAAGUAGUAAUACUGAUGUGAAUAUGAUUAGCAAAUGAUAAACACCUUUAAAUCAAUUUUCAAUUUUCCUAUUGAACAUUUAAUGUGUGUGCACCACAUCUCUUGUAUAUUGUUUAUAUUUAGGA